AUGAUCAUCACUCGCGCCCUCUCCAUCACCAACUUUAUCAUCGCCGGCUCGGCACUCAGCUUCCAGGUGGGUGUCCUGUACCCAUGGCACAAGCAGCUUGACGAUGGCUUCGAGGAGCUCAAGAAGGAGCACUUGCGCGUCCUGUCAGCCGUCGAGUCGAAAGAGAGCCGUAACAGCGUUCGCGGCUUGCUCGGCAACCUUGCCGCAUGGAAGGCCUGA